GUCAGUGUGAGCAUGCGUUUGGGUAGUGGGUCCCUCUUGUAUAAAACCAACCAGCUGUGUCACUGAUAGCAACACUCUUGUUUUCUAUUUCACACACCAACACACCGACUUUUCUCCCUCUUCAUCAUGAAUGUUAUAAACUCUGUGAUGGACGCCAUGCAGGGCUUUGGGGUGAGCACCACCCACUACCUGCAGACCAACUAUCAGGAUGCCCAGGGUUUGUUCCUCUGGGUGUCCUGGGCUGCAGACCUCAGGAACACCUUCUUCAUCUUCUUCCCGCUGUGGUUUCACCUGCGCUCCUCUGUGGCUGUUAAACUCAUCUGGGUGGCCGUGAUCGGAGACUGGCUCAACUUGGUCUUCAAAUGGAUUCUGUUUGGAGAGAGGCCAUACUGGUGGGUCCAUGAGACGGCUUACUAUGCAGACUCUGCUCGUCCUCAUAUUGAGCAGUACCCCAUGACCUGUGAGACCGGACCAGGAAGCCCCUCUGGUCACGCUAUGGGGGCAGCGGGGGUCUACUACACCCUAGUGACGUCCAUCCUCGCCAUUAUGACCACCAAGAAGAAAUUUGGAAGCAAGAAAUCCACCAAUAAGAACUGGUAUCUGAAGGCUGGUUUGUGGACGCUGUUUUGUGGAGUCCAAGUGUGUGUCUGUCUGUCAAGGGUCUUCAUUGCCGCCCAUUUCCCCCACCAAGUCAUUGCUGGUGUUAUAACAGGUAUGAUCGUGGCUGAGGCGUUCAACAGAACUCAGUGGAUCUACAGCGCCAGUAUGAAGAAAUAUUUCUACACAACGCUCUUCUUGACCUCCUUUGCUGUUGGCUUCUACCUCUUGCUCAAAGCUCUCGGCGUGGAUCUGCUGUGGACUCUGGAGAAAGCUCAGAAGUGGUGCGUGAAGCCCGAGUGGGUCCACCUGGACACCACGCCCUUCGCCAGCCUCCUCCGUAACAUGGGCACCCUGUUCGGCCUGGGUCUGGGUCUGCAUUCACCUCUUUAUACCGAGACCAAGAAGAGCAACAGCAAGCUGGUGAAAGCUGCAUGUGUUCUCAGCUCUCUGCUCCUGCUGCACCUGUUUGAUUCCUUCAAGCCUCCCACGCACACAGCAGCUCUCUUCUACCUGCUGUCCUUCUGCAAGAGCGCCACCGUGCCUCUAGUCACUGUCAGUAUCAUCCCAUACUGUGUGAACGGAGCUCUGAAUAUGCAGAACAAAAAGGGCCUGUAAGUAAGGAGUUCACAUUAUACAGACUCAAGAAAUGGAAGAGCAAUGUCCCUUAAAUAUGGUGAAAACCUAAGGGGCUUAUUGCAUUCAGAUAUUCAACUUAAACUCAGGAAAAGCCCGUGUGACCAUGGGAAAUCGUCACUUGUGUCAUUUGGACACAGAACUCUGUGAGCACUGUGCGAAGCUGAAAGCACGACCAUACCCUGGAGCACUUAACGAUUUUGUAUUUGAAUUUAACAAAACAUGAUUAUUACGGUAUUUUCAGGGUCUGAACACAUGUCUACAAAGGGACUAAUUUCUUGCAUUUGUCAUGCUAAACCUCAUUAUAAAGCUAUGAAGCUAUAUAUAAAGCUAUGAACUGUCACAUUUUUGAUAUGCUAUUUCAAUUGUAAUAGUUGUGUAUUUUAAAUAUUAUAGAAAGGUUUUUUUCAGAACAUUUCAAAAUAUUUUUGAAACUCAAAUAUUUUUAAUAAAAAAAUGUCAAAAUGUA